AUGGAGAAACUCCCGAUCCACUCACAUGGCGAUCCUCCGGAUCAACCGACUCGUCCAAGUACAGCGACCUUUUGGCGCCGUCUAUGUAUUGCCGUGUUGUUUCUAAUCGGCUACUAUAUGCUGAUCAGGCCAUCUUCCUCGUGCACGCAACACCACACAAAGCUCCCUGGGAGCGAGAGCUAUACCGCGGACCUCGAAGAUGUCACAAAUGAAGACAGCUACAACCCAGUUACAGAACACGUUUCUGGUGUACAGAACACACUCGCCCAAACUAAGAUCCCGCUGGAAGCUCACAUCAUGAGCAAAUGCCCAGAUGCGCAGGCCUGUUUGCAGAAGCUGGUCUUACCAGCCAUGGAAAAGGUUUAUGACAAGGUUGACUUCAGACUGUCCUUUAUUGCUAGUGCCUCCGAAAGCUCUGAAGAGAUCGAGUGCAUGCAUGGCCCAGGUGAAUGCAUCGGUGACAUGCUUAUGCUCUGUGCGGCCAACCUUCCUUUCCCACCCCCCGCGGACGAAUCCCUUCUUCCACCAGCCUACCCUCGAACCCCUAUCAUCAGGUCUCUAGGAUUUGCAAACUGUCUAAUCAAUGACUAUGCUGAGAUCCCAGAUCGUGAUUUCAUUCACCAGUGUGCAAUGGAACACGGUAUUGACUUUGACGCACUGAAUAAGUGUGCCAGUCAACAAAACGAUGACCCGGAUGACGGUGACAAUGGAAAGCCACCACUGAGUGGCAUCGCUUUGCUGCGCGAAAGUGCUGUGCGCGGUGCCAAACUCGGUGUUAAGAUAAGCUGCACUGUUCGCCUAGAUGAUGCUUUCUGGUGCGUUCAUGAUAACAAUGAAUGGAAAAAUUGUGCCCAGAAUGGUGAAGGCAGCAACCCUGCAGUCUUAAUUGAUCAAGUCGAGAAGCUCUGGAACGAGCGGAACUGA